GAAGAGCAAAGUCUUCACCGGGCACAUCGCUGGAACAUUCAAACGCACAGAUUCUGCACACGAACCGACAGCUCAGCUUUGUUGAAGAUGGGAAAUCUCACUGUGGUGACUGUGUUGGCAGUGCUGAUUUCCCUUUUCACAGAAACUGAAGCAAGUUCAUUUGUUUAUAACUAUGAGAGACUACGGAUCAUAGGCCUGGUCUGUACCUUCUUGAUGGUCGCUGGAGGAGUCGGUAUGCUUCUCUUUACCACAGCAACGCAUCCUGUUUUGUCUUCACAGAUCACAUGUGUGCAAAAAAGUUCAAAAGACGAGGACGUGACAGCCUUGAAAUCUGAGAGCGAGCCUGACUAACCGGUUUACGCCAGCAAGACAAGAUGACAGACAGUGAGCGGAGUUGGGGUUGUCUUACUGUUGUGUCAUUUAGUGGGGUUGGGGGGGUCAGGUAAUUACACCUGUGCAAAAUGACAAAUGAUAACAAAGCAUCUUUGUGUGAGAUUAAAUAAAUCAAGCCCCACAGUGUUUCUCUUGUUUGCCCCAAAAUUAACAAUAAUAACGCCUGUAAAUACACAUAUAGAGUCACUCUGAAAUAUAACGUUCAUUAUGUUGUAUAACUACUGAAAUGACACAAAAUGGAGAACAUAAUGUUAAUUAAUUUAAUGUCACCUGAUUUUAUUUGUGUUGUAUUGUAUGAUUGCAGUUAAACUGUCAUAGUGGCAAAUGACAUUCAAAAUUAGAAUCUGUGACAACAGUGUUUAUAUAAUAUUAAAAUAAAUCACUACACUCAAGCCAGA